AUGGCUAGUACUUCUACCACUUAUGAUAUUCCAAACCUAGAAAAACAACUCCAGUUUAUCACAGUCAAGAUAGAUGAUGAAAACUUCCUCAUAUGGAAGAAACAAAUCAAAUCUCUUCUUGCCUCUCUUGAUAUUGACGACUUCCUAGAUUCAUCUGUUCCACCCCCUUCAAAAGAAACUCUAAAUGCUGAGACCCAAAACACCAUUCCCAAUCCUCAGUUUCUUCAAUGGCGUAAAGCAGAUAAAACUCUCCUCAAAUUCCUUCAAGCAACCUUCUCUACAAAUCUCCUUGAUCGAACUCCUACCUUUGACACUUCUCUUGAACUCUAUCUUUACCUGGAAAAAGCAUUCACCUCUCAAAUCACUUCACGAACUCAUCAGCUUCUUACACAACUUCAACAAAUUCAAAGAGGCAGCAAAACAAUCAAUGAAUAUCUAGGAGAUAUCAAACAAAUUUCUGAUUCCCUUGCAUAUACUCCUACUCCUGUCACUGAUCCCAGUCUUGUGCAUCAUACUCUACGUGGUUUAGGUCCUGAAUAUGCCCAGUUUGUUACUGCCAUUGAAACAAGAGAAAAAGUUCCAAGUUUUGCUCAGCUGUAUCCUCUUCUUAUCAACCAUGAACAACGUCUCAUUCAAUCUAAUAAUCUCACACUCCAUUCUUAA